GUGAUCUAGUGGCUGUGUCACCUAUAUUUUUUAUGAUUACCCCUCUAUGAGUCAUAUGGAUCCAACAUUAGCAAUUUCAUCGCCAUUCUACAACGAAAACAGGGCGGUUAAUGGCGUCCUGGAUAAUGUGAUUGCCCAAAUUGCAGGUGCGGGAGCUGAUGAAACCAGUGGCCCCGGUGUUGUUGCUCAUGAUGAGGAGUAUUUAUCUCUGCGUGCUGCAUCAGCACACAGUAGUCAUCUCUGCAGCUUUUGUAGCACUCGCUCCACCACAGCUUAUCUACCGAAGGAUGGAAUUUAUCGCUGUGCUGAUUGCGUAGCUGAACAGCGUACCGUAAGCCAUCCUCGUCGCUUUCCUGUAGGCACCUUUAGGUGCUGCCCCACUUCGCAAAGAGAAGGCGACAGUGGGGUCGUGCGUUGUGCCAUGUGUCAAAGUUGGUAUCAUUUGGACUGCGUUAGCAUACACGAUAAAGAGUUACAGAACUAUGUGAGGUUAUCAACGACACGAUGGUACUGUCCUGAAACGAUCUGCUGUAAGAAAGCCUUCAAAAAGGGGCUGAAAAAGCAACAAAGUGAUAAAUAA